AUGGCCUUUACCGAGGACAGCCUCAAGGCCAAGCUCUCGUCGCUCAACGAGACGCAGGACGCCAUCUCGACGGUCGGCCAAUGGAUCCUCUUUCACAGACGACAUGCCGAGCGCAUCGCGGCCGUAUGGCUCCAGCGCAUGAAGGAGUCGACGCCAAACAAGAAGUUGGUGCUUAUCUAUCUCGCAAACGAAAUCACCCAGACGUCCAGGAUGCGCAAGAAGGAGGAGUUUCUCAAGGCGUACGAGCCCAUCCUCGCCGAAGCAACCACCGUCGCCUACAGAGGCUCGCCCCAUGAGAUACAGAACAAGAUCCGAAGGGUCGUCGAGGUCUGGCGCCAGCGCUCCAUCUUCAACCCGGCCGUCCAGCAGGCCAUCGAGCGGUCCAUUGACGAAAUAGACCGCACAAAGUCGUCGCGCAAGCCUGCUCUCGGUGGAUCGCUCUUCUCCAACUCGACCGUUCCCCCCGAGCUCACGCCCCUCGUGCCUCUUGCAACCUCUCUCCAAAAGGCCGAUCUCGCGACCAAGCCCGCCGUCACGGCUGCGAACCAGGACUACGAGAAGCUCACCAACCCCAACGCUGCCAUUCCCUCUCCGCCCAUGCACGCUGCCGGUCUCGCCGCACUCUGCAAGAAGCUGGCGCUCGCCGAGGGUGCCGUCGCAGAGAGCAUCAAGGCGCGAAACGCCCUCAUCACCGGCCUGGAGCAGCUCCUCGAGGCGAACAAGACAAAGCUGGAGCAGGAAGAAGCACAGGCUGCCGAUUUGAAGACACGCAAGGAGGCCAUCGAAAGCCGAAAGCGCGAGGUCGAGGAAGCUAUCCUCAAGGGCUUGUCGGCAGCUGAGCAGAACAAAAUCUCAACCGCACCUCUCCCCGUCGCCACCACUUCACCCGUGGCUGCGACCUUUCCAACUGGACAGGGCCGGCCAGAGGUCGAAGAGCUCACCCCUCCGCCCAUGGAGUCCUUUACCCCGACCGGAUCCCCCCAGCAAAAGCCAGCACCCAACAACGACCCCGUACCCGACAUUGGCGACGACGUAAUGCCCGAUCCUGCCGCCCACCCCGUCGUCCCAGACGCCGCCCCUGCACCCGCCCAUCAAACAACCCAACCCGACUUCGCAACCACAAUGGGCGACCCGAACCAACACGUCGCCGCAGAUCUGCUCAAGAGUCUCCAACACGCCCGACCAAGCCCCGACGGCGGCGCAUACGGCCAACACGCAUACGAAAACAUGCACAAGAAGCGCAAGAUGAGCCGGAAUCCCGGCGACGACGACUUUGCCGCGUUCGCAGGCGAUAGGGAUAUGGCUGGCAUUGACGACAACUUUGCAGAGUUGAUUUGA